AACAAAUAGAAAACAGUUUUGGGUUUAAUAAAUCAUGCUUGAAGAAUCAUAUAAAAGGGAAUGGGUUAAUGGUUAAAAUAGUUAAAUCACAAUUACAAUCGUUCAAGUAAAGUGGCAGCAGUUCUUUUCUGAAACUUAACACUUGUUAUCUUAAUAAUGGCAUUUAAAUUAAUCGCUUUAAUGUUGGUGAUGACCAGUUGCAUUGCCUCGCAGACACAGGCAGCCACUACCAAGAAAUCAGGUGAAAGAGUAGCAGCUGUUUAUGUAAAAGAUGGCAACAGUGGUGAAUUGAGAUUUUUGGGAGCUGGUGUGGGUAAUCCACAAUCCAUCAAUCAAUAUAUUACCAAUAAACAAGACUUUUUGGAACUUUUGAGACCUACUGGUAAUUGGGGUACAGGUAAUGGUGGUACUGUUACAGGACCAGGCACUGGCACAGUUACCGGAACGGGCACUGGUACAGGAACUGGUACUGGUACAGGCACUGGUACCGGCACUGGCACUGGAACUGGUACCGGUAAUGGUGCAGGUCUUGGUAUUGGUACCAUUGCUGGUGUUAGACCCAUUGUUAUUAAUGCUGGUGGUGGUGGCGGUAAUGCUGGCGCUGGUAAUGGCGCUCUGAAUUCUGCCAUUUAUGGAGCUUCCCCUAUAGCUGAUCUUUUACCACAAAUUGUAGCUCAAGCUGCUGUACAACAAAACGGUGCUCUAAAUCGUCGUCGUGUUCCCAAUCGUCGUCGCGUUAACCGUCGUCGUCCUGCUAGACGUGGUGUUAAACGUAAUGGCAAUAAAAAUGGUCAAGUUUAUAUCAUACGCCCAAGAGCUUAAGUAGGAUUUAACGAAUGAUUGAAAAUUGGAAAUGUUUGUUUAACGGAAAA